UUUUCAGGAAGCUUGUGAGUUUUGCCAUGAGGUUUGUCGUAUUAGCGGCUGUCUCCGUGGCCAUCGUGCUGGCCUCCCAUCACAGCUCAGACCCCGAUAAAGAUGCUGCCCAUCAAAAGGGAGGAGAACACGACAACAAAUAUGACCACGACCAAUUUUUGGGGAAGGACACAGCCGCCGAAUUUGAUGAGUUGACGCCUGAAAAAUCUAAAGAGAGACUCGCCAAGCUCGUCCCCAAAAUGGAUUCGGAUGGUGAUGGUUUUGUUGAGGAGAAGGAACUCAGAGAGCACAUCACUUUCAUGCAGAAAAGAUACGUCAAUAACGACGUUGAGCGAACGUGGAAGAACUACAAAGAUGAUAAAAUCAAGGAUGGAAAGAUCAAGUGGGAGGAUUACAGAGAAAUGGUCUACGGUUCACCCAGCGGUGAGGGUCAAGAACUUUCUCCCGAAUACGCAAAGAUGAUCGCUCGAGAUGAGAAGAGGUGGAAAGUGGCUGAUUACGAUUCUAACGGUGUCCUUGAUCGUACCGAGUACGGAUGCUUUAUGCAUCCUGAAGAUUGCGAUCACAUGCGCGAUGUUGUGGUUGCGGAGACUGUCGAAGAUAUCGAUAAAAACAAAGACGGUUUCGUAGACCUUGAGGAGUACAUCGGAGAUAUGUACCGACCAGAAGACUACCCCGAACUCAACGGAAAGGAACCGGAUUGGGUAGCAUCGGAGCGCGAGAUGUUCAGAGAACACCGGGACAAGGAUGGAGAUGGCAAGUUGAACCAGGAUGAGAUGAGGGACUGGAUCAUGCCAAUUGGAUUUGACCAUGCUGAAGCUGAGGCUCGUCACUUGGUAGGCAUCGCCGACGACAACAAGGAUGGCAAACUCUCGAUGGACGAGAUCCUGGCUCACUACGACACAUUUGUCGAGCUGUGA